AUGGCAACGCGCACCAACGAGUGAGCCAGCAGCAGGGACCUGGGAACAUGCAGUCGACGGAGCCUCUGCUGCAAGAGCUCCUGCGUGACGUCCUGGGGCACCAGAGGGCGGGGAAGAAGAGAGCUCAGUGGAGUGGAUUACAUCCAGUGCCAGACGACCUGAAUGCAGAGACUGACGCCAAGAUUGCAAAGGCCUGCCAGCAGUAUGAGGAGAUGGUCCAGGAGCUGGUGUCAGUGGAGAGACAUCUCCUGCAGGCCAAGGCCAGGGCCCUCACUGAGGAGGAGAGGAGACUGGGGGAGAGGAAGCAGGCUCUCUGUGGAUACGACAGGCUCAUCAGCCUUCCCUCCACUGGUGAGUCUUCACUGGGAUCCUUCCUGGACAGGCAGCUACUGGAGAGAAACAGUCUCCUGCAUCCUGCCCACUACCUUCCUGGACCAUCAUCUCCCAACUCCUCACACACCCUCCAACCUCCUCUCGAAGAGGCACCCACCUACCUGCGUCCUACCUUCACCUCAAACCAGCACACUGCCACCUCCCAACACUCCUCAGUCCUCAAACCCUCCUCUACUGGGCAGACAAAGAGGCCGUUGAGGUGGAGGGAUCAGCUGCUCUCUCCGGCUGUGCAAGAGGCUGGAGUGAGGACACUGGCUCGCCUGAGGCAGCGAGGGAGCUCCUCCCACCACCCUGGGCCUCUCCUCCACUACUGAAGGAGAGGCCAGUAGCAGUGGGGCUCUCAGGAGGAGGAGGGCAACCAGCAGGGACCCUGGGAAGAACGACUCACCCACCAGGGACCAUCAGUUGUUUGCCGCAGAGCCAAACAAAGUGGUGUUCAAAGACUACCAAGUGGGACACACCUAUCAGAUAAACGUGGACAUCCAGAACAUCAGUGGGUGCAGCAGGAAGAUGAGGCUAGUUCCACUGAAUUCUCCUUACUUCACCAUUACAAGAGGUGUUAGCAAUCACCCCGAGGGACUGAUAGCCCCUGGAAUGCACGUGACCUGUACCGUCACCUUUACCCCUCCAUCCCUCUGCAAUUAUCAAGAGGAAAUAAAGGUCCAAAGUGACAGUGGAUACUGUUUGACCAUCCCAGUACUGGCAGUCAGACCAGCUCCCUGUCUAUCUCUGCCAGAGGUGAUAGAGUGUGGGAGUUGUCUGGCAGGAGGGAGGAUGGAUGUGGACUUGGAGGUCAAGAACUCUGGAGGAGAAGGCAGGUUCUCUGUCAGAGCCACGACCCACCACCAACAUCACCAACAGUCUCCUACCCAGUCAGAGGGUGUGUUGAUUCUGGGACCGUUCACAGUCUCCCCCACUGAGUUCCAUCUCCCUCCUCUCCACUCCACCACUCUGCAGGUAACAUUCUCGCCGGCUGCAGAAGGCCAAUAUGGGGAACAGUUUGUAAUAGAGUGUGACAACGGAGAGACACUUUCCUUCAGUUUGACUGGUAGUGGAGAUGUGGUGUCAGUGGGGUGUGUGUCUAUUGGAGACAGCUCAUUACAGGAGAUCUCCCAGUUCACCUCCGAUGGCAAUGAUGCCGACAGGUCCAACCAGAGAGGGGUGGACCCUGUAAUGAGUGCCGUUGAUUACGACCUGUACACAGAGCAGCUGGAGGAGUGUAGUGUGGUGUUUGACGUGGUCAAUCCUCGCAGCCCAGCAUACAAGACAGUGGUCAUCAGAAACUACUGUGGUGUGGAACUCCCGUUCUGCUGGAAGCUGUUCAGACCUAUCACAGAGCUGAGCUCGUCCGGCGAGGAAGACCCUGUCCUUGACGACCUCGUUCCAUCGGUCAAUUCACCGUUCUCUGUCCUCCCGCCCUCUGGGACCCUGCCUGCAGCCAGCACCCAUACCUUCCUCUGUCAGUUCCUACCACACAAGCCAGGGCAGUAUGUGGAUGGAUGUCACCUGGUCCUAUCCCAGGUACCAGAGGUCAGUCUUGAUCUCAGUCUGGAGGGAGAGGCGUGGAGGAGAAUGGGUGGGGAUGACUCUACUUCCACCUGCACUGUGUCCCCAGUCUGUCUCUUCCUCUCUGGAGUGGCGCAGCCGUAUGUAUUGGAACUGGAGCCUCCUGCUCUGCUGAUUCCGGUCGCCGUCCCUCUUGCCACUGACGUCAGGAGACGAGUCAAGCUGGUGAACAGGAGUGUAAGUAGACUCCACUACUGCUGGAGGGAGCCCCUGCUUGAUGAAGGAAUCACCAUCUCCCCUGUCUCUGGAUCUCUCGUGGGUGGAGGAGGAGGAGGGUACUGUGAGGUGGUGAUAAGGAGAAGUGUGGCGGGAGAGUUUGCCCUAAACCUCAUCUGUGACAUUGAGCACAGUACACACCCUGUCACCCUACCUCUCCAUGGCUGGACACAGGGUCCGCAGGUGAGUGUGGACUGUGCCAGUCUGGAGUUUGGACUGGUUCCGCUGGGCACCUCCUCCCAACUCACCCUCACCCUCACCAGUCACACUCACACCUCCCUCCCCAUCCUCCUCAGACAAGCCAUCGGGACCCAGGCUACGCUACCUUCCACCUCGAGGACUGGCUGCAGAGACAGCGAGACUGAUGUAACUGACCAUGAGUGUAUCCACUUCACCCCCUCCUCCCUCACCCUCCCUCCUCACACCGUCACCACCCUCACUGUGGAGUGCCGUCCUCUGGUGACAGGGAGACUGAGGUCCACAGUCCGGUGUCUGGUGGAUGACCAAGUCAUUAGGUGUCUGGCAGUACAUGCAGAGGUCCAGAGUCCACGUGUAGUUCUGACAGAGUGUGUGGUCCAUCAGGACACAGCGUAUGUUGGUGUGGGGUGUGAGAGGAGGGUGCAGAUGACCAAUACCUCCCUAAUACCCACCCUCUUCUCCUGGAGACAACAGGUGGAGGGUGAGAGCAGAGCCCACUGCUCAGUCUCCAUCUCCCCAUCCUCUGGUAGCAUCGGUCCACGACAGAGCCUUCCCGUCACUAUCACUGCCACCUGGGACUCCACGGGUUCCCACCCAGAAGCAAUACUCUGCUGUGAUGUGGAGGGAAUGAGUGAACCCCUGUUAUUAGUGCUAUCAGCUGAGGUGCACGGUCUGGCAGUCAGCUAUUCUGUCCAGGAGAAACGCCGUGGCAGUUCAGAUGAGGAGGAGCUACGUCUGGAGUUUGGAUCCGAGGUGUCUCUCUUCACUCCCCACACCCUCCAUCUCCUGGUCACCAAUACCACCGCUAUCCCCACCACCCUCUCCACCAGCCUCUCCAGCUUCCCACCCUCACACCCUCACCUCCCCACACCUCCUCCUCCUCCUCCUCACAGAUCUCGGAAGAAGUCUCUGUUGUCUCGUACAGUCAACAUUGGAGAUCCCAAGAGCAAGACAUCUCAACAAGCCAACAAAGACUACAUGUCAGGCCUGCUGCAAGAGGGGCGUGGCUGUUGUUUUGUGGUGGACCCUCCCACCUCCACCCUCCUCCCCUUCACCACUCACACCCUCACCGUCACAGCCUAUGCCGACAUGUGGGGUGACUAUCAUGACACUCUAUCGUGCCAGGUGUCAGGACUGGAGGCUGUGGAGUACCAAUCCAUUGUCGUGUCACCGGUUGUCCACUCCUGUUCCACAGCACUGCACUCCCACAACGUAGCCUCAUCAGGUUUGGCAGUCAUUUGGCCAAUGGCCCUCCAGCCCAGAGAGUUGUCCGCAUCAACAAUACAGGACCUCAAGAGGUGCGUGUGGACUGGCAGAUGUUCCGUGUCCCUCGGGAGGACAAGAGUGGCCAGCUGGUGGACCUCAUUACCACCAUAGGCACCCCCUUCCCCGAGACACACCCCCUCAUCCCCUCCCCACCAUCACCACGUCACUCCUUCACAUCCUCACCUCCGUCACAAGAAACCGCCAGCCGUGCCUGGUCUCACUCCGGAACCAGAGCCGGGCCGAGACGGAACGGAAGCCGGCCUGAGUGGGGAUGGAACGGAGUCUGGAGAGGGCAGCGAGGGAGUUGAACCCCGGCAGAGGAGUGAGGAUGGGUCCCAGUCCAGUCAGGGGUUGGAUGGUCCUGUUGUUCGUGUGUUUCUGCGAGACCACGAGGGAAUUCCUGCCGACAGACCAUUCUCAAUACACCCCACGCAAAUGGUAGUGCCAGCUCGGGGUCAGAGUUCAUUCACAGUGACAUUUGAUCCUUCUCUGGUUGGUGAUUCAGUGGCCAGUCAGUCGGCCUACUGUCUUGGCUACAUCAGUCUUGAUGGACAGGACACCUGGACACUUGGUUCUUGCUACAUGGUUAUACCUCUGACACUGUCAACGGCCCCAAAUGUGUCCAUUAUUCAGGGGGUUUUAGAACUAAUAUUAUGCUUACCUGAAACCAAGUAUGUUUCUCUCUCCCAUACCACUGUUCAGUCAUCGUGAGGGAGUGUAUCGCUCCACUGGCUAUGAGCUCUCUCCACUGAGACUGGACGUUGAGGCCAGUCUGGACCAACCUCAGCUACAUCUGGAGGAGGACCAAGAAACAGGCCUACAUUUCUCCUACCCUGCCUCCGUACUCCUACACGGAGAACACGUUUUAUCGAGUGUGUCCAAGACCCAUCAUGUGACACUUGUCAACCUCACGUCUUCCAACCUCUCCUUUACCAUCUCCUGCUCCUCCCCACGGUUCACCAUCACACCCUCCCCCUCCUCCCCAACUACCUCACCCCGUGUCCACACCCUCACUCCCAACACUGGCCUCAGUGUUGCUGUCAUGUUCCGGGUGUACCAAGAGGACCUGAUGGACUGUAGUGAGGACAAAAUGUCAUUCUCUGAUCCUCUCCUGGUACAUUUCUCUACUGGAGCAACUCAGGAGUUUCCUCUCAGCGGUGAGAUAUUCAUACCACACGUGUCCCUGUCGACGCAGUCACUGCAGCUAGGGCCGUGUCUGCUGGGCCACUCUCUCUCCUCCUCCCUCACUCUGUGCAACACCUCCCCCGUCCCACUGCCCUGGACCAUGGAGCCUGCACCUGGUCUGUGUGAUGUUGUUAGUGUGAGUCCCUCGUCUGGAGUUCUGCCUCCCCACGCCGGCACAGCUGGACCCUCUCAACAACAUAUCCUCCUAUAUUUCACCCCUCAGACAGAGUGUGAAUACACAGGCAGAGUGGUGGUCAGAGAGGGCCUGACUGGAUGGUGAGACACACGUUGUAAUGACUGCCUCCACCACCUCGGAUGAAGUCCACUCCACUGUUGACUUCCUGUAGACUUACUGCCUCCAACUGUUCUGUGUGACGCACAAUACUCAGGAUGUAAACUAUUAUACAGAAACAGGUUUUCACGUAUAGCGAAAGUUCGAUGGAUUUCUCUGAGACACAAGCAGUAUAGAUAGCUAAGUAUAAUGGUAUGACUGCAGAAAAGUAGGGGUAAACUUACUAUUGGGGAGCACACGGGUAGCUAGCUAUUCUGCAUUGAAGUCCCACUGCUCAUACACUUUAAAACAUAGCUAGCUAUAUGCAAAUAGCUUGUAGGAUGUACAAAAGCUAUUCCACCCAUACACUGGUCAGUCUCUGUGAAUUCUAGUUCAGCCAGCCAGCCAGUUUUUCAGCCCUGAGAGACCAACCACACUGCUGAAAAUGUAUGUUGCUAUCAAUUUCUCUGAGCAUGUGUCCAACAAACGAAGUGAGGUGAGAGUGCACAUGCACGACAUUCCACGGGCCCCGUGUAUUACGUCACCUCAAGGGGGUGGCUCCGCUAUACAUUCGGUGUGCAUCAUCUUUUGAUUUUGUAUCUCUGUAGCGCAAUCGACCAGCAGAAAAAUGGACCCGAGUGCCCCCAGUCAAACCUACCCGGAUGAGAAGCAGCCUGAGCAGCCGCCACAGGCUCCCUACCCCACCCAGGCUUCUGCCCCCUAUCCUGCCCAGGCUGCCUACCCUCCCCAGCAGACGGGUGCGUAUCCUCAAGCUGGCUACCCUCCCCAGCAGACGGGUGCGUAUCCUCAUCAAGCUGGCUACCAGCCGGCCUACCCUGGCCAGGGACCAGUGCUUACUACUGAUGCCCCUCCUCCAUAUUAUCCUGGACAACAACCAAUGCAGGCUACCACCAAUAACACAGUGGUAGUGACCUCUCAACCAGUGCCUCAGAUACACACAGUGUACCGCACUGGCAGCUCGGAGUACGCCCUCCCUGCCAUCAUCUUUGCAGUGGCCAUCACCGUGUGCUUCCUGUCCCUCGGCUGCUGGUACGCCAUCAUCUGCAGUGGCAUCGGCAUCGCUCUGGCUGCCGCUGCCUCGUCCAGUGCCUCGGCUGGAGAUAUGGAGACAGCCAAGCAGUACAACACUGGGUCCAUGGUGUGCUCCGUGGUCUCCCUCCUGAGUGCUGUGCUCCCAUUUGUUGCCCUAAUCAUUUGGAUCAUUUCCAUCGUCUCCACCUCGUCCUCCUCUUGAUCCCUCGAAGUAUACUGACUUUACACUAAUGCUGACCAGCAGCAAAACGUUCAUUAACUACUAUAUACUGCUCUGCAAAAAUGUUUUUUGUGUAUUGGUGUUUGGUUUUUUAUUUUAUUGAAGUCAGCAUCUUGGUGCCGAGAGCAAUAUUAUCUUAUAGUCUAUAUAGCCGCAAGCCCUCUCUGCGUGUGCGCGAGCAUGUGUGGCGAGGGAGGCUCUACAUUAGCAAAACCUGCGCUAGCUAUAUAGAUUGGAGUGAAUCGCAAAAUCCCAAUCAAGUGCAGGUUUGGCUAGACCCUCUCUCAGCGUGCAACCCCACCCCACAGCAUGUGUGUUCACACACACGGAACGGACAGAGGAUCUGCAGGCCACAAUACUUUGGAGUUGAGCAGG